AUGUUGGGCAAAGGAGGCUACAAAUCCGACCUACGCACCUAUAACUACUCACAAGUCUCAAGUGCUGGGUAUCAGCAGACACCUGACUUCGUAAAAUACCCAAAGCCUUCUACUUCAAUGCUCAGCACAAGUUCGACCAGGAGUGACAUACCCUUACGAAUACAAAGUAACCAAAAGAUUGCUGGCUCUAGAGAGUAUAACAGUAUCUCUCCAGUGUCGCAAAAUCUGAAUACCAGAUACCCACCAAGAAAAUCACAGGCCAACCAACAACGUUCACUACGACGCAGCAGUCAAUUGACUAUAAGUAGCAAACCAACUGCCGCAUCAAAAUCUGUUAGUUUCAAUCCUGAGCAGGUUCUCCCCGAGGACAAUGAAGAGGGGUAUCACACCUCCUUGAGGUCUGACUCGCUGAACCUGCCCAGUCCCAUGCGCUCUACGACUACAAACGACACGACUUUAUCUUUACAGAGAGCAUUCAUCGGAAAUGCGAAACGAGCGUGGCGUAUCUGGGAUAAUUUGAUCACUACUUGGGGCCCUGCUCUGAUUUUGAUCGUAAUACUCGUUGCUGCAGUCUAUUACGGAUGUACUAUAAUACUGGAUAUAGUACAACUUGUUCGGCAGCUGGGAUGGCAGUUGUGCUCGUCUUUUGAGAGUCUCAAACACGACGCCGAAAGCCAAAUGGGCUUGCCUUUCAGGCUGAAUUUCACGGCGGAGUUCCGACCAAUCUGGGACCAAUACUCUAAUAUUCUAGAGAACACAGAGUAUGAAAGAUGGUUUAACGAUGCGAGGGACGCUGAGGAUGUGAUCUCGGCAUUAUGGAAUACUCUCCCGUACGAGAAAGCUGAUGAUAUUCAAAAACAAGAGCAUACUAAAAUGAAAGGGUACACCGACUAUCGCAUGGCGUUACGAAAACGUGCAGAGGUCAAAUUUGAGAAUUUCUUGCUGGCCCGUACCCGAGUCAUUCAAGAUAUUCUCAACGUUAGCCAUGACUGGAGCGGCUAUGUGCGCAGUACACUCCAACUCAACCAUUCAGUGACGCCUAGGGCACAUGAGGCGAUCUUUGGCGUUCGAACAAUGGAACGUCAAGAGCGUAAUGAUCACUGGCAACUCCAAAACCAGACGUCUUGUUUACUAAACUAUGCGACUCGUGGGCUUUUGAAUAGUAUUUCCGAGAUGCACAAGGGGCUCUAUGUCAGCCGCGAGACUACAAACACUAUAUCAGGAAGUGAUGCGACUUCGCUAGAUUGGCUCAAGUCUCCACCGAGAAAAGAUGGCGAUGAGGGUAUCAAACUCUUCACACUCGGCGAUAUCAUUUCGGCCCAAGAGCUAGAAGCUAAGUUCAUGGACAACCUUGUAAAGCAAAGCAUCCAUCCGCACCUGUGGGACAGCGGGCGACUUCAUUCGACCAGUCUGGGAAGGCUUAGGGUUCGGCUCACCGGCCUACAGAAGGAUCUAGAUGACAUCGAGGUGAAGCUCACAAAAUUAAGGGCACGGAUCGACGACAACACCGCGUCACAGACGUGGGAACCCGCAAACAAAGUGCCGUGGACCAGGAAAGAUGACCUGAUAUGGGUCCAAAAUGUGGACGAGCUACUUAGCACUUGGAAUAACAUGCUCAAUGACGUUGAUAGAGCCAAAGUCAAUGCCGUAGAACGCUUCAACCAACUCAAGCUGGAUGAGCAAAACUCCAAGAACCGAGAUAAACUGGCUCAUUGGCGUACCGAGAAUUGCGGCGAGACGACAUGUUUUGACGUAGUUCCAGAGCGAACUUGGGGCGACUUGGUUAAAGCUGGGCAACAUCGACUGAGGUUUGCAGGCAGCAAAGAGGGGAGAAAGCCUUUUGCAAAGAUUCCAGUGAAAGUCGAGCGAGAGUUGUUUAAUCACAUGGGAGAAGUCACUAGUAAGGUAAUUGUACACGAUGCAGGGAUAUACGAGAAACAAUGUUGCGGGCAGGCGCGAGAAAACAUAUGGCUGGACCUGCUUAAAUUUGGCGCUGUAAAGUUGAUUUAUUUGAACCCAUAUAGGCUGCCCCUUUUCGAGGGAGCAACCGGGACAACGGAAAAGUAG